GAGGAAUUGAUUAGAAGAUAAAGGCAUAACAUCAGACACCAUGUCUGCCAUUCACAUCCCUCCCGAAACAUGGCGUCACCUUCUCCGCUCCUUGCUCCGCGAAUGCUCCUACCUUCCUGACCCCGUCGCCAGAGUUACAUUUCAUGCCCAGAUCCUCCAACGAUUCCGACGGUAUACCCAGAAGAAAGAGACGGAUCAACAUCGACUUCUAUUACUCCGGAAGUCAGCAACACACCAACUGUCUCUGCUCAGACGAGCCAAUGAAGGAUAUACAAAGCCGCUGGAAAAGGUCUUGCAGCAGGCCUAUGGCCGCAGAGGGCGACGGAGACAAGAGCUCAUACAAGCAUUCAUCACACCAGCGGACGCAGUGGACGCAUUGAAUGCGGCGGAUGUGCAGACAGUGGCACAGGAAGCACCAGAGAUGUUCGAGGAUGGAUGGCGGCCCCCUUCGGUCAUGGUUGAUCUCCUGAAAGCUCAGAACCGUAACUCAAUGAUCACGACGCUGAAUGCCGGGUACUAUACCAAGCAAGUCGAACCAGUGGUUCCCGCGGAGAAUAUCUGGGGCAAACCGCUUGCUCCGUCUCGUCGCAGGAACAUUCGGAGGAAAUGGUACAAUCAGACGCUACACAAUCUGUUUCCACCACUGCCUGACUCGGAGCUCAAGGUGUUGGAGGGUCUUAUGUCGGGGACUAUACCAUGGGCGCCACCCAAACGACGAAAGGCAAUUGGGACUUCUUCCGCCCCUGAGUCUACUCUAGAUGCUGGCUUUCUGAUAGAGGGACCACAGAAGGGGGAUACUUUUGAAAAUUAUGUUGACGGACGACCCCAUAACAUCACCCGACGGUUCAUGCAGAGGCUUUGGAAACGCAUAUCCUGUCUAGUUCCUCGCGUGAACUGGGAUACUAGAAGCGGGAAGCCUGCAUUCACCUGGGACGUACUCUACUCGGGACCUAAGCUGGCCCUGAAGUUGGACGAAAGCACAGCGUCUGAGCUCUUCGCAGGCGUCGAUGCCAAUGGUCGAAUGAUCAAAGAUCAACCAAAAGAAGCAUCAGGAUAAAUUUUAACCGCUCAACAUAAUCAAUCAUGGAGUAUGUAACAAAGGACACAAUACC